CAGAAAGUUGCUGAAUGCUCAUUUCGAUUUUCAGUUUCUUCAGAAAACACUCGAUCAAAAAUUUUAAUCAAUUUUUCUGUGAGGAUCUAUUAAUUUGAUGAUUUCUUUCAACUCAAACCUGGGUUACUCAACCCUUUUUAUUAUUGUUUACUCGCUAUUUUUCACACCGAGUUGCUCAAAUGCCGCCUCUGUUCCUGAGUUGCGCCGAUUUGAGCGCGAUAGCAGUGCUGAUUCCUCCUGCAAUGUACAAGUGGACGCAUGUUCCGAUCACCUACACAACCAGUGGAUGUCUCUGGACUCACUCUGUAGUGAUGCGUGUCCAGAUGGGAGUUGUGUGGUGACUUUUAAUACGCCAGAAGAUGAUAGAAGUGGAAAAGAGGAUCAAAAAGAGCAGACUGAUGAUCAAACUGGUCAUUUCCUGGCGCCCUGGAUUCGACUGGACCUGGACAUCAGACUUCCACUGGAUCAGAACGAAAACAAAGACGACGAGUUGUCCAAACUGUGCCCAUGGUCUAUUAUGAACAACUUCAACACAUCUGGGGGGGACAGUGACAAGGAGGUAAGUGAAGACAGAGUGCUGGUGGUGUUUGAGAAGGAAAGUGAGAAUGAGUACUUGAAGAAGAAGAGAGUGUUAGUCACCAAGGGAGAGAGUGAGAGAGAAGCGAAGAGAAAGAGCGUCUACUGCAGUCACAUGCAACAGGUAGGUGGGGAUUCGACUUCUGAUGGAAAUGAGGGGAUGACAAGAUGGGUGCAGAGUGGGAUGGGAUUCAAUGUCGCUCAUGGACACAGCAUAUCAGCCACCACUAGAGACAACAGUCACAAGUUCUUGCAGCUGAAAAGUACUUGUAGCCGACAACACACCACGAAAAUCUCGAUCAUCGAACCAACUCUUUUAUUAAGUCCCCUCUACCCAGAAUACACGCCCACUGAUGAAAACACAGAACUCAACAUCGAACUGAGAACCAGCGAAAACUUCGAUUCGUUUCAUUUGAGCGUAAUAGACUUAGGAACUCCUGCGAACGACAACGCCGCCUGUUUUACCAUAUCAGUUCUGGGAACUUCGCCGUAUAAUUCUCCUCAUACCCAUAUAUGCAGUGAGCCAUUAGUAAAAACAUCAGUAGCGGCUGAAUCAUCAGGAGCCGCAACAUCGUCAGGAGCCGCAGCAUCAUCAGGAGCCGCAACAUCAGGAGCCACAGCAUUCAAUAAUACAAGACCUUUAAUCUUCAGUGCAUCGAACGGUUCUUUAAUAACAAUCAAAAUAUCACCAAAAUCAGAACACCAGUUUCAAAUGUUAUACCGCUAUGUUCUGGCAGUUUUACCAAUGAGUUCCAGUAAUUCUAUUUCUGAUGUCCAAAAUUCAUGGAACAUUUCGACUAUCAAAUUCAACUUUGAGAAGCUAUUUUCACUCGAUGUUUUAUCCAAAUUUGCGAGUAGAAUCAAACCUCAAACGGACAACGUCUAUGAAACAGUUUUACUGAACUUUAAGCAAGUGGAAUUGAACACCGAUUUGGACCAGAUUCCAGCCAACGCUGAGCUGGAGUUUUUGGCUCGCUUUGUCGCAAAACUACAACGCCCAUUUUCCGAGGAUUUGAAAAUUGGAGCCGAUAUUUCAUUGUUAAAAGCAAUUGCAAUCGUUUCUGAUUUUGCAUCGACGCCAAUUCUAGAAGAUUCUGAAAAGAUAGAUGUGAAAGAGAUUUACGGCGUGAACUCAAACUUCAUUCACAAUUUGUUGGAUCUCGUUGGUCAGUCAAUUUACGACGCUUCAGAAAAAGAAGAUUUCGCUGCUCUUGGUAAAAGAAGUGGUCUUAAUACCAUCAAGAAAGAAUGCGUGAAUGUUUACCGCGAUUCUCCCACAACAACAAACGAUGACUCAUCUGGGAAGAAUGACUCAUCUGUAUCGACAACAGUUGUCUACUCCGGACUGGGAAGUAACCUCUUUGCACCUCUAUUGCCCAGAAGACAUUGUGUGGAUGAGAUUAUAAGUGUAGAAGGGUCAACUCUGGCAAUUCAGUUCUUGUAUCUCUCAGUUGGAUUAACAACCGGUGACGCCAAAAAUGCAGAGGUCGGCGGUAGAUGUUCUCUGGACGAGCUAGACCAACUUUCCAAUUACGUAAUAAUCGAACAAUACUGGAACGGAACUCUACUUCAGUCGACUUCAUUGUGUUCACGCCCUAGCAGUCAAUCUGUGUUCGAAACUCUGACCAAUCAUGUUCGAAUCAAGUACGUGAAAAGAAAUGAUUUCAAAAACGAUCACAUUUCAAAUGACCUUUUAGAGGCUGCGACACUGGGUUAUGUUCUACGGUAUACUCCAGUAAAAACAUCUGAUGAAAAUUCUAAGCUUCGGGAAAAUAUUUUGAUUGAUGAUCAGAUUUCAAAAUAUAUGGCUAAACUGUGGCAAGAUAUUGAUCUUCGAGAUUCAAUUACGAUCGAAAAUGUUACCAUAGAGAUUCUGGGAAACACUGAUGAUGAAAAAAAAACUAAUGAUGAAGAAGUGGAUGAGAAAACAGCAAACGUGACUCAAUUUUUACUGGCUCCUUCGGAUUUUUUGAGGCAAUUUAAGUUUUCAACGGACUCAAGCGACCUUUCGAAACAUCUGUUGCGUCAUUUUUUGCUUCGACUAGCUAGCAACGGAUACUUGAAUUCUGUAAAACUGAUUCCUGAAACUGAGACCCAAAAUAUCGAUGACAUGAACUCUACUUUAGCAGUUGGUCAAGUAAUUCCUUCUUGGAGUUCUGCUGUGAUUGGUCUGCAAGAACCCAAAGAGUUGAAAUCGGAUGAAGAGUCUUUUGAUGUAAUGAUUGAGUUUUAUAAUUUUGUAAACGAAUUCCGAAACUUGAAAAACAAGGCUCCGAGAAUAGGUUUUUCGUCCUCAGAUCAGCCGGAAGUUACUUCCAGCUGGACUGGAAUGACUGUUUCUGAUCUGAACGAAUGCUCCGACAUCGAAACGGUUUCACUUCUGCAAUCAGUUCCAAUUUGCUCCCAAUUCACAAACCACUCUACAUGUAUUAACACCAUCGGAAGCUUCAAAUGCUUAGCGGGUGAUGACAUUGAAAAUGAUAUAGUUAACGGAUUGGGGGAGAAAGAAAAUAUCGGAAACGAGGAGUCCGAAAAAGGGAAAAUCGACGAAUCCGAAUCGUCUGGUGGAAUGAGUAGAGGAAACGUUGCUCUGACUACAGUUGCAGUCGUACUUGUAGUUGGGUUAAUAGUUCUAAUUGUGGGUUAUUGUAUCUACAGAAGAAAGUACCAGACAAUUUACCAGUUGAAGAAGGAUAGAAAGAGCCAACAACAGAUGACUGGAGCCGCUAGUGGUUCUAGAAACAUCCAGAACAGGCCCAGACAAGGUCGCAGAUGACCUCAAAUGAACAAAAUGGCACAAAAUGACUUCUAAACUGUUUUUUAAGAAGUUAUGAACAGUUCACUCCAAUAUGUGCUGCGCUAAUUAAAGAUCUAAAUUUACUGAACACAUGUUUGGCAAACUUGAAUUUUGAAAAAUCUAU